AAGAAAAAAAGAGAGGUUGUAUUCUUGUUGAGGACCGAGAAAAAAAAAAAAAAAAAAAGGGUGUGAAGUGGUGCGUGUGAAGAGUGGGUGUAGGAAAAACGUAUGUAGAAAAUGGAGGGUGUAGGAGAAUGGGGGAAGAGAGUGUGGAGCAAGAGACAGAAAGCGAAACCAUACGCGGGGCAGCAGACUCCAGACUCUGGUUCGUUCAUUUACAGAGAUAUAUUCAGUUACAGAGGCCCUUUAUUCCAUCCCCCAGGCACACACCUGGGCCCUGUGUCUCGACCAGCUUCAAGAUCAGUUGUCUGCAUAGUCCCCAUGGUAUUGCCGGACCAGACUCAGGAGGAUCAAGUUCAGGUUCAGGUUCAGGGUCAGAUUCAGGACCAGGACCAGAGCUGCAAUGGCACUCUGGAUCAGCAUCACCAUGAGAACUCAGCUAGUCAGCAACUCAUCGGCCAGGUGGUCCACGCACGCAAGUGCUACAAGCGCUUCUUCUUUAUCGAUCUGCGGAUAAGCGACCAGCUCAAGUGCACCGUCAUCUUCCGCUCGGAUGACGACCGCCAGAAUCUCCCUCAAAGCCUUUCGGAUCUUGAGUUGAUUUCGCGUUGGAAGAAGAUCAGGCGUGGCGAUACGAUCACCCUGCGGGUCUUUGAGGCGUCCGAGGACGAGAUUACCAAAAGGGACCAUCCCGUUUAUCAGGCAGCGGACUUUGCAGUAGUCAAAGCAUGGUCUGGCGAUAUCCCCUUUGUAUCUGAGCCUGCCAUGGGCUUCAAGGAGUCAACCUCACCGCAAGUACCGCCUGAUCCGCCAUCAGUCAACACUACUAAGAAUCAUACCGUCGACAGCUCUCAGCCUUCCCAGCAGGAUUCGUGGAAGAAUUAUUGCAAGUUCUGGAUCAAUUCGCAACGGUGUCUGAAGAAGGACUGUCAAAAGGAACAUCCAGAGGGUGAGGAAUAUAUUAUGAUCCAGGAGAUGUGGGUCAGUGAACGUACUAAGAUAAGGAAGGAGCGAUCAAAGCUGGAGGACGACCCACACUCGACGUCUUCCAAGGUCCCGCAUUCACAGCGCGCAUACAUCUUUUGUCGAUGGCUCGUCAACAAAUUUGGCAAGGACCUCCUCAACUCUGGAUCAGGAGUCUUGGAUGUCGCGGGCGGCAAAGGCGAGAUCUCAUUGUUCUUGACCCACAUGUUUGGCAUUCGCUCGACUGUCGUGGAGCCUAACGUGCGUAGGGAUAAGCCCUAUCAACGCAGGAACCUGAUGCACGUCAUUCGGAAGCAAUUGGACAUCGAGGCCGGUGGCGACGGUCAGUUUUACAAGCGACACGCAGCGUCAUCGUCGUCGUCGUUGCUCUCAGAUGGCCAUAAUACAGGAGUCAACCCAGCUUUUUUAGAGAAAGAGGGUUUCAAUGGUGAUAAUCAAGACGGCUAUGAGGAGGACAAGGACGUGAAAAAGCGGAUAGAGACUAGUGAUUCAACGCUAGAGAAAAAGGAACAACGGCGACUCAAGAAAUUGCAGCAGGCACAGUUUGUGGUGCCACGACUGUGCACACUGCUGGACGAUAGGUUUGCGAUAGACCAUGGCAGUGUCCUUGAGAGCGCUUCGAUUAUCAUUGGGAUGCAUCCAGACCAAGCGACGGAGCCGAUUGUAGACAUGGCUCUGAAGCACCAUAAACCGUUUGCGGUGGUGCCCUGUUGUGUCUUUGCGCAUGAGAAUCCACACCGACGACUGUCGACGGGAGGAGAGGUCAACACGACGCUGGAGUUUAUUCAAUAUCUGAUGGAGAAGAGGACCGCUGAGGAGAGUGUGGGAGAGAUGCAGAAGGAGUUCCUGCCGUUUGACGGGAUGAAUAUCGUGGUGUAUAGCCGGGGUGGGCUGUUCCGCCAGCCUGGAUAACUUCAUAACUAGAUAUUAACUUUGAGAAUACACUUAUCGC